AUGUACUGGGCUUCUCUGUAUGAACCCGAGUACGGUUUGGAGGUGUAUGAUUUCCAUGUCCAUGCUAUGAACUUGGUUGCCAUGGCAAUGGAAGUCGCCAUCGCAGCAAUGCCUGUGCGCUAUAUACACGUAUUGUAUUCUGUCAUAUUUGGAGUUUGUUACAUCAUCAAUACGCUAAUUUACUGGGGAGUUACCGGUGAAGCCGUCUACCCUAUAUUAGAUUACUCUGCCAAUCUAGGGAUGGCAUCCGCUACUGUCGUUGGCUGUCUCGCCAUGGUUUUCAUUUUACAGCUGUUGCUCUGGGCUGUUUACCGACUUAAGCUGAGACUGAGUGGUACGAAUUCACCAUCAACAGUUGACAUUGGCGCGGUAAAUCAGUCUGAUACGUCCCAUAUUGCAGCAGGCAUUGAUAAUCCAGUAGCUUUGGAGAAUACUUCGUCACAGGUGGACAUGGACGAAAAUAUAGUUAAUAGUUACCAGUAUGUGUUUGAGUUGAGAGAUCGGUUAGAACAGACUUUAGAGAUUGCUCGAGACGAAUUACAAAAGGCACAGAACCGAUACAAGUGUUACUAUGAUCGUAUAACAAAGAAGCGAGUGCUUAAGGAAGGAGAUAAGGUGUUAAUUUUGCUGCCAACUGACACCAACAAGCUAUUGAUGCAGUGGAAGGGUCCUUAUGUGGUGGAGCAGGUAAUAGGCGAAAACGAUUAUCGAGUGAGGUGGCAGUUUAUUCCACAAAUACUGUUUGUUAUAUACCGGGUUGUAUUGGCAUUAUACUAUACCACAUGGAUGCUAUACAUCAUGAUAUCUACAUUCAGCUGGGAUGGUGCUAAGUACUUCAUUUAUCUCACCAAUUGGGGUUUUAUGGCAGUUACUAUAUAUCUUAUCACAGCCGCCUCCACCACUGUUUACACCUACAUUCGGACGAGAACGGAUUCGGAUUCGGGUCGACCGAGCCAGAAAACACAAUGGUAUUUCCAGUUGUCAUGGUUACUGUAUUAUAUAGCAGCUAUAUACGCGCCUUUACUUAGCAUAGUAUACUGGGCUGCUCUGUAUAACGCCGAGAUGGGUUUGCAAGUGAUUGAUUUCCAUGACCACGCCAUGAACGUGAUUGCCAUGAUAUUAGAAACGACCAUCGCAGCAAUGCCUGUGCGCUAUAUACACGCAUUGUAUCCGUUCAUAUUUGGAGUUUGUUACAUCACCAAUACGCUAAUUUACUGGGGAGUUACCGGUGAAGCCGUCUAUCCUAUAUUGGAUUACUCCGCCAAGCCAGGGAUGGCGACUGCUACUGUCUUUGCCUGCCUCGCCAUGGUUUUCAUUUUACAGCUGUUGCUCUGGGCUGUUUGUCGACUUAAGCUGAGACUGAGUGGUACGAAUUCACCAUCAACAGUUGACAUUGUAGCGGUAAAUCAGUCGGAUACGUCUCAUAAUACACCAGGCAUUGACAAUCCCGUAGCGUUGGUAGAUACAGCGUCACAGGUUAACAUAGACGAGAGAAUCUGA